AUUAUACAAUGUCAACCAUAAAAUGACGUAAAUAAACCAACUUUGUAGCCAAAAUGACGUGAUAAUUUGGUUUUGGGAAAGAAUAAAAUGCAGGCAAAAUUAUUUAGUGCAAAAUGGGCAUUGUUAACAACUAAACGUUUUCAAUUUUCGACAGUUACCAGAAACAGGCACCAGAGUCAUUACGACGUAUUAAAAGUGAAAAGGGAUUGUUCCAACAGAGAGAUUAAAGAUGCUUUUAUUAAACUAUCGAAACAAUAUCAUCCGGAUGCAAACAAAUCUCCAGAUUCCAACAAAAAAUUUGUACGAAUUGUUGAAGCUUACAACAUUUUAAGUAAACCAAAUUUAAGGAGAAGUUACGAUUUAGGAAUGAUUGUUACAAAAGAUGAAGCAACAGGACAAUACUACAACCCUGUUUCACAAAGAACUCCAUUUGAUGACCCAAUCUUUUGGCAUAAUCGUGAUAAAUCCCAAGACAAAUAUUACGAAACUAAACCAUACUAUGGUAUUAAAGGAUUAAAAAAACUUCCAAAUGUUGUUAUUGUUCUAAUUUGUCUUUUGGUUACUUUAAUCGGGGUUGUUCUUCAAGUUAUCGCAAUAAAUGCAUCUGUAACGUUAAAAAGAGACAAGUUAAUAAAAGUAUCUGCUGAAAACGAAGCGAUAUUAAAAGAAUUGCAAGAGGAAGCUGAACGAAAUGGAAACAAAGUACAAUUAGAAAGAUUACAGAAACGAUGGGAAGAACAAAAUCAUAUUAACAAUGCAGAACUGUGAUAUUAAUGUAAUUAAAAGGUUGUAAAUAAAAAAGAUUUAAGUUUUAAACAUA